AUGGAACACCUCGAGACACAAGCCUCCGAUCUGCGCUUUCUCACGCAAGCGCCCGUUCCAAUAAGCGAUGCAGGUAGCGUCUCAUACGACACGCCUCGACCUGGACAACAUGGCAGUCCUCGUUCCGCAUCUUACGGAGACAAUUCCGCGCCAGCCGCCGACUCAAGCAACAGCAAGCGAAGGUCGACAGAUGAUGCAGGAGCCGGGGGGAAACAGACACGGAGUAAACGCAAUCGGUAUAUUUCAAUAGCUUGUAAUGAAUGUAAACGACGAAAAAUCAAAUGCAAUGGCGAAACACCUUGUCACCGCUGCGGCAACCUCAACCUCGCCUGUCUCUACACGCCAAAUUGCUGCUCAAACAGCUUCAAAGACUCUGAAGAAUACAAGACGCUGUCAGGCCAGCUAGGUCGUCUUCAAGAUGAGGUUGCAUGGCUGUCGCAGAGCAUGCGCGCCAUUCAGAGUGAUGGACCCCGCGCCAUCGGCCAAGCAGAUAGAGCUGUCGCUGGUUCAGGACCUGCACUAUCAAAUUCCGAAUCUCUAAGCGCAUUGUCUGGUCAUCAACGCCAUGAGUUGAACAAGUCAACUGGCUUCCGCGGACCAACAAGCACAGCUUUCAUGCUUGAUGUUGCCAAUGCCACCAUCUCCAACAUGGGAUACCAGAGCAUCAACGCUGCAGAUGACCAGGAUAACAUGUUCAAUGAUGCGCCACCACCUGUUAAAGAAUCGACACACGACCCGCUGUUGGACUUUAGCGGCGACGAAAUGAUCCGACUUUGCCAGCUGCACGAAGAGGAAGUCGGCAUCAUGUAUCCAGUCUUGGAUAUCCAAACCGUCAUCACACACGCCAAGAACAUAUCAACAUACUUUGACACAAUACGACAUCAGCAACCACGACAUGCGUUCAAUGAUGAAAAGACUCUGCAAUUAAAAAUGGUCAUGUGUUGUGCGUUAAUUGUUGAAGAGCAUGGCCACAGUGAAAAGUGCCAGCAACUCUAUGACAGUAUGGAGGCCGUGGUGAAUCGAAAGCUCAUGUCAGAUCCCAGUGACGUCUCGAGUCUACCGCUUCUUGCUCUCUUGGCUGGUUACAGAUUCCUGGCCAACGAUGAGAUUUUAGCCUGGCGUGUAAUUGGCCAGGUAAAUAGGCUGUGUCUGGAGCUUGGCAUCCAUCAAAAGGACGGACUCUUUGCUAUCAAGGACGAAUCGGAAAGGAAGAAUGCGCUCAAUAGUUUCUGGUCUGCCUACGUUCUGGACAGACGAUGGGCUUUCGGAACCGGUUUGCCAUUUACAGUGCAGGACGAUGACGUCGACCCUGAUCUACCCCUACCAGAGGAGUUUCCAUAUCUGGUUGCAAUGGUAACGUAUUCACGUAUUGGUGCGAAAGUCUGGCGUCAAGUGUCGCAUUCAGGACCUGUUCUAGCACGAGAAACCAAAACCGAAGGUAUCAACCAGCUCGACAAGGAGAUUCUCAACUGGUACGAAACAGUCCCAGAAGAAGUCAAGGUCCGCAACUGGGAUGAGCUGCAGUUGACAUCCCCGCCGUCGUACAAUCUGCAGCGCUUGCGAAUCUGGACGUAUCUACGCUUCCAUCAGAUUCGUAUUUGGCUGUACACACCGAUUCUGCACAGCGCUACAAGUAUUAUGGAGAACCCAGCGCAUGCUCAAAAGGUGGUGGAGCUUGCCAAGAGUACUAUCCAGUUCCUCACAAACUUGAACAACAGUACAGAUCUGUAUCGCCGCGUACAAGUCUUCUACCACCAGUUUCUUGCUUCAGCCAUUGCUGUCGUGUUUCUGGCAUCUGUUCACGCGCCGGUACGCUUCAGUGCUGUCUGUCGUGAGGAGUUUUAUAUGGCAUUGGAGCUGGUUCGGGACUUGUCGGCCAAAAGCUGGGUUUCCAAACGGCUUUGGCGCACAAUUAAGUCACUAAAGGAUGUGGCGCCACGGUUCGGCCUGAACCCUGACGAUGAUGCGCACUCGUCAGCGGCGCUUGGCAUGAUUGGGCUUGCGAGAGGGCAUUCGUCGGCCCCUGUUAUGGGUCAAAACGAGUUUGGGGCCGGCACAUCACAAAUGACACCGACGGCAACAGGUAUGGAGAAUGGAGAAGGGCAGAACGGUGCCAAGAUCCAGACAGAAUUGUCUCGAAUCUUUGAAGGCUAUGUCGGGUUGAACGGCUUCCAUUUCAACUCUGUUGACGCCCAUGGCCAGGCUAUGGCUUCAGCGGGUGGCCAACAGCCGGGGCCCAUGUAUAGCGCUAACGGAACCGUCUACCCCCAGCUGAGGGAAAUGUUUUAA